GCAAGAACACAGUUACCAAAGAUGGCGAAACAUUGAUAACAAAAAGCAAUAUAUUCUUUACAAAUAGUAUUAUUUCGUGAAUAAGCUGCUGGAAAAAACGUUUAGAAUCUUCAUAGAUUAAGUAAUUGUGCCCGGUUAGAAAAAAAACAAGGGUUUACAAUGUCGGAGAUGAGUGUUUUGCAUCAACGGUUAAGCUCCGUCAUGGACAUUCUAGCCUCCGCUGCCGUGACAGAGAUUUGCAAAUUAGUAGAGGAUUGCUGUGGAGCGUUAAGUGUAGAAGUCUUUCAAGGCAAAGAGCAAAUCAAAAUGCUAGAGAAGCAACUCAGCCUGACUGAGUCGAGGUACAGGUCGGUGAGUGGCAUAGAAGGGCAGACGCUUGUUACCUGUGGUUCAUCGAGAACCAACAGUCCUUCGGGCAAUUCCCCCGCGGCUGAUGCUGAAGACGAAGAUUUCCAGCAGUUCAUUGUCUCUGAAGAGGAGUUUCCCCCUGAGCAGCAGCAUUAUAAGCAGGAGUGGAGCCCCAGUCUGGGGAAAUAUAAUUGGAACCCCAUACAGAUUAAAGAAGAACAGGAGGAAUUCAGUGUCAUCCAGGAGGAGGAAGACUCUGUAUUCACUCCUGCCUGGGUGAAAAGUGACUAUGAUCAGUACCCAACUCAGUCCUCACAAACCCAAAGUGAAGAAUACAAAGACAGAAUGGCCUCAACAGAACAGAUCAAAACAGAACCUAAGGAAGAUGAUUCCUCAGAGACAACCAGUGACUCUCAUCCCCAGUGCAAAUUAAAGAAGACAUGGACAGAAAAAGGACAAAUCUCGAAUGGUAGAAAAUCCAUGGAUCUGAAAUCACCAGUGGAAAGGAGACACACAGAAGAUAAAUCAUUUUGCUGUAGUGAUUGUGGUGAAUGUUUUUCUCAGAUGGGAACACUGGAUUCUCAUAUGAGGACCCACACACGGGAUAAAUCGUAUCACUGUCAGGAUUGUGACAAAGUAUUCACUCGGAUUGACUGCUUCAAAUUGCAUAGGAAGGCCCACACAGGAGAGAAACCGCACCGCUGUGGUGAAUGUGGCAAAUGUUUUUCUCAAGUUGGGUAUCUGAACUAUCACAUAAAGACUCACACAGGGGAGAAACCUCAYCGCUGUCAUGAUUGUGGCAAAUGUUUCUUUCGAGUUGGUGAGCUGACACUUCAUAAGAGGAUUCACACAGGCGAGAAACCACAUCGCUGCCAGGUCUGUGGCAAAUGUUUUGCUCGUCCUAGUAAUCUGAGUUCUCACAUUAGGAUUCACACAGGGGAAAAAUCUUAUAGCUGUCAUUACUGUGGCAAAUAUUUUCGUCAUAAAGGUAAUCUGACAACACAUAUGAGGAUUCACACGAGGAAAAUCACAUCAUUGUCGCUAUAGUAGCAGAUCUUUCAGCACUGGCGGUAGUCACAUGAGUUCAUGAGGAUAAUCACAUGAACGAUAAAUUAUAUUGCUGUCAGGAUUGUUGUAAAUACUAAUUGUUUGAAUCUGAAUUGACUGGGGAGACGGAGAGGAAGCGACCACAUUACUGCCAUGACUAGAAAAUAUUUCAUGA